AUGGCUUUCGACCACGGCAGGGCCCUUGUUGUCCUAAGGUCACUCUCGUCCUGUCAUACGAUCUGUCAAGACGUCAUUGAUACCCGUAACCAGUGUCGAUUUUGGAGCCGCCGCCCCACCGUUCGUUCGUCAGAUAACCUCCAGCUAGCAAUGCGACUCAUCGGAGUAAACAAUCGUGAGUCGCUUGGGGCAGCAAUGCACGGUCAAAAUCUACUAUGCGAUUAUAUCGUGGAGAAGGGUUUCAAUGCCGGGUUCAUUGCGAUGGAUUUGACGAAAGCCGUCCUAGAUCUUGUAGCGACACUGAACUCUGAUAUGUUCAUGGACACAUUGGAUGAUGCCAAGCCUUGA